AUGGGCUCUGAGCACAAAAGGGAGUGGCAUCACCACUUAAAGAGUGCAUUGUGGGCAGAUUGGAUAAUACCCAAGAAAGUCCUAAAGAAUUCUCCAUAUAAGCUGGUCUAUGACAAGGACGUAUUGUUCCCUGUAUCUUUGGAGAUCCCUGCCUUACAAUUGCUCAAAUCUAUCGAGGUGGCGGAAAAUGGUCCCAUGGAAGUAAGAUUGGUAGAAAUUAUGGAAUUAGAGGAAGUAAGGGAAGCAGCGUUUUCGUCCCUUCAAAAUCGCCAACAAACUGUCAAGAGGUGGUUUGAUAAGAAGAAAAGUUCUGACCCAGGUUUCAAACAAGGCGACCUUGUUUUGAAGUACAAUGAGAGAGAAACCAAGCCCAGUCAACAUGCCAAAUUUGAUGGUUUUUGGGAGGUGCCCUUCCACAUUAUAAAUUGCAAAGGUUUCAAUGCUUUUGAUCUCGAAGAUAUGUAG